AUGGCAUCUCCAAUUUUUGUCCUAGAAACAACUUCCCUCAACGCAAUUCGAUCACUCCCCUCAGACAUCUACCUCGUCCACGCGACAAACUGCAUCGCCGAGUGGGGAGCUGGUAUCGCUGCCGAACUAGCGACGGUAUUUCCAGCUGCUUGCAAAGAAUACAAAAAGUUCUGCAACGCAGCCAUACCCGACGCGUCGAGAUGGCCAUCCCGAAGUCUUGCGGGGAAAUGCUACAUUAUUCCGCCUCAAGCUUCAGACACAGCGACGGGAGCUCCGAGGAUACAUAUUGUAUGCCUAUUUACUAGUUAUGGGUACGGAAGAGCGAAUCCGAGGACUGGAAAGCCAGGGAAGGAUGCUGCGGGAAAGAUCUUGGCGCAGACGAGGGCGGCGUUGAAGGAAAUGAGGGCACAGUUGGAGACUGCACAGGAACAGGGAACUGAUGGAGGUCCGGUCAUUUACUCUCCCAUGUUUAACUCGGGAGCCUUCAAGGUACCAUGGGGAAGUACGUCGCGACUUAUCGAGGAGGAGUUCAGCAGUUUUGAGGGCCGGUGGUUGAUAAUGGCACCUCCAUAA